GCACAUGCGCAGAAGCGCCAGAGUAAUUUGUUGAUAUCCUGCUCAGUAGUAUUUAUUUAGAUCUCAGUUUUCCGCAGCCACAAUCAUCCACAACGUGGGAUAUUUAUUUGCAUUGGGCAGAAGAAGUAAAUUAAAAGCUCUCUAUAUGAAGGGCUGAUGGAAGACGCACGGGAUUUGGCUGAACGCUCCCAACGUUCAGAGCGGAAGCGGCGAGACUCGUUUGGGAUGUAUGAUGGCUACGACAGCUGCAGUGAGGAGUCGACAAGUAGCUCCAGCUCGGAGGACAGUGAAGAUGAGGUGGUGCCCUCUAUCCCUGCCAGCCUGCCUAUUAUCAAGAACAAUGGCCAGGUGUACACCUACCCAGAUGGCAAAGCUGGAAUGGCCACGUGUGAAAUGUGCGGGAUGGUUGGAGUACGGGAUGCUUUUUACUCCAAAACUAAACGCUUCUGCAGCGUGUCUUGUUCCAGAAGCUACUCCUCCAAUUCUAAAAAAGCUAGCAUUUUGGCACGACUACAGGUGAAUAUUUUCAGGUGUUCAGUUUGCCUGAUGUUAAUGUUUAAUUACAUUAAAGCCUGUUUUGUUUUGUUUUGUUUUUUUCAUCAGGGCAAACCUCCCACAAAAAAAGCUAAAGUCUUACAGAAACAACCUCUCAUGGCAAAAUUGGCAGCUUAUGCUCAGUACCAAGCAAGUCAACUGAACCAGGCCAAGUCUAAAGCUGCGGUCCCUGCAGAGACCUUCGACUGGGGGAAGUAUAUCUUUAGCAAUAACACGGUGGGAGCUCCGGUCAGCUGUUUCAAACAUGCCCCUAUGGGGACCUGCUGGGGGGACAUAGAAGAAGGAGUGAGGAUUGAGGUACCCAACUCCGACACUAACCUCUCUACAAAGGUGUACUGGAUUGCAGAAAUUAUAAAGCUAGCAGGGUUCAAGGCACUCCUCCGGUAUGAGGGCUUUGACACCGACAGUAGUAAAGACUUCUGGUGUAAUUUGUGUGUCCCUGAGGUGCACCCAGUGGGCUGGUGCGCGUCAAGCAACAAACCCCUUGUACCUCCUAAAAGUAUACAACAUAAGUACUCAAACUGGAAAGUCUUUCUUGUGAAGCGUCUCACUGGAGCAAAAACACUGCCACCGGAUUUUAAUUCCAAGGUUUAUGAGAAUAUGCAGUUUCCAUUUAAGAAGCUGAUGCGAGUCGAGGUGGUGGAUAAAAACUACCUGUGCCGGACACGGGUGGCACUGGUGGAGCAGGUGAUCGGAGGUCGCCUCAGGCUGGUCUAUGAGGAGAGCCAGGACGGCUUGGAUGACUUCUGGUGCCACAUGUACAGCCCCCUCAUCCAUAACAUAGGCUGGUCCCGGAGCAUUGGACACCGCUUCAAACGAUCAGAGUCUCUCCUGCGGAUGAAAGAGGAGACGGCUGAGGUGGACGAGUUCACCUUCUCCCAGGGAGCCUCGGACCAGGAGAGUAACGGCUCGGGCAGCUACUACAUUAAACAGGAGCACUGA